UCAGUCUUGCUCAGGAGCCUGACUCAUGAGUUGUAUGUGUUAAAGCCAGCCAACCGAACCUAAGAUACUAAACUGACACAGAGGACGAUUUGAAGAGAAGGUGAGGACGAGGUCGGGAGCCAUCUGGCCCAAUUUCCAGGCACCAAUUUUCGCUUCAUCAGUAUCAAUAUUCUGAGCCUGUAUUACUUUGUAUCGCCAUUUUCACCCCGAGUGAAAAUCACUGGUGGAUGAGCACGGGUCCGCCUCCUGCAUGUGACGUCACCAGUAUAUAGCACUAGGCUGAGGCAGGCUCGCAUGCAUGUGAGCUGAAGAGGAGACCACUGUUUGAGGAGGAUACCGCUGGAUGUUACUGUCAGUCGGCUCUAACACCCACAAUGGGGAGGAAUACUCUGCAGUCCUGAUUUUAAACAGCUGUACAACUGAGGAAUGUACGUCAAAGAGGAAGAAAGAGGAGCGUUAAUAUUCACCGCACGGACCAACGGAUGUUACGACGGUUAACGUGCCGUUGAAGUUGGACCUCGACGGGAUUAAAAGAAAGUUGCCUCUUCAAACUGCUACUUCAACGGAGGACAAAAAUGCAGUCCUGUGCAUGGAUGAAUGGACAGUACCACCAGGUUGGACCACCACCGUCACAAUCCUCACAGGCUGCUGCUCAGUUUACCCACAUCACAAUGAGGAAUCAGCAAGCUGGGUCUGCAGAUAACUCAUGCCAGUACAGGACAGCAAACACAGGAGUUCGACCGCCACAAAGUGCUAAUUUCACCUAUGACAAUGGAGCUAACCCUAACAUACAGCCUUCAAAAUGGCCGAACUCAGCAGUUCCUCAUCAGGCAGUUUCUUCGCAGCAGCCAGCUGAACGGAACAGUUAUCAUCCGAGAGUAUUAAUUGGCAAUCUGCAACAGUCGUCUACUAAUACACAAAGUGGAAACCAUAGUUUGCCGGUCACUUCUGUAUUUCAGCAAGAUUUUCAUCAGAGCCCUGCUCAGAAUUCAUUGACCCAGAGUCCACCCAACACCAUGAAAGUAAACACUACACACCCUCAGCAAAACAUGUCAGCACAUUGGAACCAAAUGGUCAGAGUUCAUGGGAAACAGUCAGUAAGGGCACAGGAGGGCAAUGUUGUGUCUGAUCUUCAGCGUUAUGGGAAUCCAAAUAGCUUGUUUCACAACGUCAAUGGAGAGUCAACUAAAUCCUUUCCAGCAUACACUACAACAGUGAUCUCGCCUCCACAGCAAGACGUGAUAUACAGCGGCAUAUUAGUGCCUGCUGCUGCACACAACAGACAGACUGCUAUUAAAUACAGUCACAAACAAAACGGCACUCAACGCGGCUUCUCUCCCUCCAUUGACCCACCAGAUUAUAGUAUGGCUAUCUCUCAGUCUGUCAGAAACAGCAGCAUUACAACAAACUCAUCAUCAUGGGGACAGGUUGUGCAAGUUUCCAGCAUGAGUCAGAAACCUCAACAGUACUCAACACAUAACAAUGGGGGAGAAGCCAAAUCCUCCACAGACUCAAAUUUAUGUAGCAGGCAGUAUGAAAUUGCAAUGAUUGCCAGAAUUGCGGAUGAUCUACGUAAGUCAUUCCCCGCUGCCUCAGAUGGUCCUUCUCCAGUGUAUUCCAGGUCACCUUCUGGAGGGAAGCAGUUUGGCAGUGAGGUCAGAGUGACGGCAUCCAAUCAAAAUAUGCAACCUGUGACAUCAACUGUGACUCAAAGUUAUAACUCAAAUGCCUCCCAGUCCCUAUCACUUAAUUCUGGACAUUUUUUGCCUAAAAUGAUUCAUGGUGUUAUGUCAACAAAGCACAGUGUAGUUGUGCCACAGCAACAAAACUCUGUACCAAAUGUCUUUCAUGUCAUGCCAACAGGCGAUGGAAAAGGAAAUGGAAGUAAGGCAGCCAACAAUUUUAUUAGAAAAAAUGUUGGAUCAUUAAGUGCUGCAUCUUAUCUGAAGAAGCUGUCUGAGAGCAUAUCAUCACAGCAAAAUGAGACCCAGUCAUCUGUAGCAAGCAAUUGUGAAAGGCUUGAAAUGCGUUCAUCAGUCAAGACAAAUGACACCUCCAGUCACUCAUCCCCUGGUCGCACAAGAGCUGUUGCUGUUGUGCAACCAUUGUCCUAUGAGAGCUUUCAGGUUGCCUGCAAGCAAACCUGUCCUAAGACAAUUAGUCAGUUGUCUGAGGGCACUGCAAUGGAUGAAUCAUUAAGUAACCCUGAGAAAUUCUUUAUUUCACCCAAAAACAGAUCUUACUCUUACACAGAUCAAAUGGCGUCCAACAAAUCUGCCAUCAAGCAUUCAGCAGCAUCCAAUGCUGGUACUUCUGUGUCAUCUUCAGAGUCAGCAGGGCUUCGAGACUUAUUGCAAAAACAGUCAUGUGUAGAUGACACAGGACCUGAACUGGCGAAUAGCAUGCAAGUAGACCAGGCUGUUGCAUCAUCUGCUCAACAAUUGGUAACAUCUGAGGCUCAAGCAACCCAAAGUGGUGAUAAGGACAACAGUGAGAUGCCAACAGAUCCAAAAGGAGUUUUUGAGCUUUCCUCACUCCCAACAACCCCAUGGACAGUUCUCACAUUAACUAAGUUGAUACAGGAUGCUGAAAAAAGUCAGAGGGAGAGAAAAGAUUUUCCCGAGUUUGACUGUUUACACAAAUUACUGGACAUGUUUUGGAAAGGCAGUCCUAAGAACUUGAUAUCUGAGUUCAAGGUAGGCUGGAUGAACGAAAUGGCUGAUGUUAAAAAAUUCUGCAACGAACAUGUAAAAUCUGACUCUGUUAUAUUGUCACAAGUAAAGCACCACUUUGGAAAGCAACUCAAGAGCUUUCAUGUCCUCAAAGAUAAUGAAGUUUAUUCAGAACUGCCUUACAAAUCAACAUGGUUGAAUGCCAAUGACCAGCUUGAUGACAUUGACAAAGAGUUUGGCUUUCCGUGGUCUUUGAAGCAUCAACUUCUCAUGCCUGAGAGUGACAGCCAUCCCGAAGAAGUCCAGAUAGACAAUGGCAUUUCUGCACAAAUAGUAAGUGAGAUGUCAAACAAGAUAGAGCUUGAACCAGUUGGUUCAAGGGAAGAAAAACAAGAAUCACCUGUUGGAACCGCUUCAACACAAACUGCCUCUCCUAAGAGAACGGAGAGUGCUGAUUCCAGUGACCCAUAUUGCAAUAUUGAAAUCCACGUUUUGCCUUCAGAAGAGGCCAGGGCUAUUUUUGAGCAAGCACAAAGCCAGCUGUCACAAAGUACAGACACGGAUAAUCAGCCAGAAAGAGUGAGGAGUAGCUCUGUGCUGGAUGAGCCACCUAAGGUUAUGGAUGCCGCAUUGAGUGACACAAAACUGGAGAAAGAGCCAGUCUGUCCAAUAAAAGAGAUUUGCUGCAUUGGAAGGUAUAUUGAGCUAAUUUGGGGACCAAACACAGCCUCUUCGAGUAAAUGCCGGUGCAAGUACGAGCAAAGUCAUGAAGAUAUUACUGACAAGGCCCUUGAUAAGGAAGAAAUGGUGGAACAAAAGAAAAAUAUUGUGAUCAGUUCCGCCAAAGGAGAGAGUCAAGCAAAGGCUGGGGAGAAUGUCGGCAGUCACGUUAUGACACUUUACUGGCCUGAGUUACAGAAUGAACAAGGUCACACCACUGACUUAACUGAAGAUGAACACAAACCUCACCCUUAUUCAGACAAAGAACAAAAGAACAUUUCCCAGGUAAAAAUAAAUAGCCAGUCAACCAUUAUACUCAUAGAUGAAAGCGAAGAUGAUCUGUUCAGCAGUGAAAAUGAAGUUUCCAACAAGAUGAAAAACUUUGAAAAUGAUUCUGAACAAGCUCAGGUGAAAUUGACCAAAAGUAACCAGUCAAGCGGUUCAAAAAAGAAAGAAACCAAAGAAUUCUCCAGAAGUGACACGGAAAUUCAGUCAGACCUUGGGGUGGAUUGUGUUAGAGGUCAGUUAAAAUCUACAGGAAGUAUGCAGUCAUGUACUUCGAACAGUAGUAACCAAGAUAUUGAAGAUCUCUGCAGCAGUGAAAGUGAAGUUGCCAGCCAGAUGUCAGACCUCGAAGAGAAUUGUGGACGAGCUCAGCUGACAGCGACAAAUGUGGCAGAGUCAUCAUUGGAAACUGGAGAACAAACUGACAUGAGUGCGACAGGCACCGUCCAGACAACUUGGAGUAGUAAACAUGCAACCGUUGAAAGAAAGAAGAAGAGACCAAGCAGUCAUGAUCAUUUUUUUCCAGUCUUUAACAAAUCAAAGAAAUGCAAAUCCCUUGCUGAUUUGGAUUCCCAGCCUGUCUUUGAGGGUGCCUCAAAAUGUGGAAGGGCUUUUGUUGAUGAGGUUGAUAAUGAACUUUCAGCCUCGAAUGUUAAAACUGCAGAGCUGGUACUGUUUGGCUCAACACCACAAGACGGGUGUGUUUCAGUUGGCUGCAGAAAGAGCAAUUGUUCAUAUCCAAUGCCUGAGUCUGAUGCAGUGCCAAGGCCUCCAAAAGUUAUUACUGUGAAGUUCAGUCCAUUGAGGAGAAAGUCAGCAGAGGAAUAUUCAGUCAAACAACAGCUAUACGAAAAAUUUAGAAGUUUUCCACCAAGUAAAACUAGGCACAGGAGCAAACUGAAAAAACAGAAGUGUACUUUUUCCUCUUCAUCUGUGGGGAGUCUGAGGAAAGCUGAAAUGGUGCGCUCCGUCAACACUGAGGAGCUGCCAGUUUCCUAUAAAAUGAGGAAAUGCCUGAGUCUGAAGUGGAGGAGGUUCCUCUCUAACAAACUCAAAAGGGAGAAGGAGAAGAGGAAAUACUCUGUCACACUCAACCAGCUUGCUGACCAAGAGAGGAGUAAGGCUGAAAAUGGAAGCCAUGCUGUUACACCUCUCAAGAACAACAUUGUCCUGAAGUUCACUGUCUUACCCGACACCUUCAACUUCAAAGAUGGAUCCAGUGGAAAAGAGGAAUUCAGUGAUCCUGUUCCAGAUAAGUCUGACCUUGUUGAAGAGAUGGACAGGAGCCACAAUACAGCUGUCACGAAGGCAACAGGUAAAUGGCUUCCAAAUCCUGAGAAGAAGCACAGUCCAUUGGUCAAGACCUACAGCAUCUUCAAUGAGUAUCAGAAGAAAUUCAUGGAGAGGAGGCAGACAUCCACGGAUUAAUAACAUGUCACAAGUUUUGUUGGCAACAGACAGAUAUUGUCUUUUGUCUGGGACUUUCUUUUUCUUAUAAAAGUAUGCCUUUGUGUUUUUAUACUGUAUAUUCAUUGAGUAAAUUGAAGUUGUCCAAGUGUUGUACAUAUUUUUACUGUCAAAUAAGUUUCUGCUGUACACAGGUAGUGUUCUCAUCAAUUUGCACACAGAAUCUUCAGUACAUGGCUGUAAAGGCUUAAAAUGUCAUCCAUGUUAGUUAUAGCUCCUUGUUAUAUUUUAUGCAAAAAUGCAACUUUUUGACAGAAUGUAUAUUUCAGCUACAUAUUUAUAUUUUUGUAUUUUUCUACAUUAAGUAUAUUUUUCUACAUUAUUUGCAUCUUAAACCUAUAUUUUCAUAAGAAACAAGAAAUGUGAUCUCAUGAUUCCUGCACUGUUAAUGUGAAACAAGUUACCACUUUUGUUUAAUUUUACUGUUUUUACUGUUUUACCUGAAAUAAAUUCACUACUGAGCAAAACUUAGGUUCAUUUGUUAUACUGAAAUACACAGCCAGGCAAACUUGGGUCAAGGGUCCAAACAUGGCCACAUGGAUUAUUUGCAUAAAUCUGUUAGGAUAUAAUAUGAUACAAUAAAUAGCUGACCACCGAGAAUCUUUAUGUUAAAAACAUUAUUGUCACUUUUAAAGUUGUCUGAUGAUGAAUGUGUUGAGGAAAUCAGUGUUCAAGGUGAUUUGUUGUCAAAUGAACAGCCAUAAGAAGUCGUUUCCACUGAAGAACUUGGGUCACAGUAGUGACAAAAAGAAAAGCUAAAUAGAUGGAUGCAAAGAUAUACAGUGGUGCCAGUUGAAAUAAGGAUAAAUAUAUGUUAACUAAGCACAAAAAGUAGGGAAAUUUGUGUUUGGUAGAUUAUUUCUUUGUUGUAACAAUGCUUCUUGGCAAUAAAUCUUAUACCGUUGUAAAGCCUGUUUAUUUCCCUUUUUA